CCGCUACAGGCUACAGCCUACAGGAAAGGAAAGAGAUCGAGAGAGAAAGAGUCUGGAAUCGGAGCUGCCGAACCAAUUUCUUAAGGGCGGGCGCCAUGUCAAUGGGAUUCAAAUUCAUCGGUGAAUCGCAUACAAUUAUAUUCGAUUUGGACAGAGGAUUUUUCUGGGGAACCAAUUCCGAAGCUCGGGAACUAUUUCCCAAUGGUCUGGUAGCUUCUGAAUCAAGUGUGUGGGAUUAUCUUACCGAGCAUGGAGCGAAGAGUAAGAUCAAAAGCGUGAAGCUUGUGGAGCCAAAAUUCCCCAAGAGCUCAGAGGCUUGGAGCUGCAAUUCUAGACUCAGAGUUUUUACCAAGAGUGUUGUGUCGGGAGAUGAGAUUACUGGUAUCUCCGCCGAGAAGCUGAUCAAGUAUUGUGGAGUUCACAUUGAGUACCAGCAGUGAAGGUAUAACUGUGGCUGUAAUGGGUCAUCAGACUAUGGAUGUUAAUGACAAUUGACAAGCACAAAUUAUGUUAUCGAUGUUGCAUUGGGUUUAUAUUGCGGAUAAAAGAGGGGAAACAGAUCUAAAAAAUGACGAUUUUUACAUACAUACAUACAUAUACUUACGUUUUGCACACAUACAUACAUACAUACAAGCUUCCUAACCCUGGGUUGAGAGAGUGUGGGUACAUAAACAUAGCAUCUCUCAACAAAAUAGAUAGAUAGAUAUAUAUAU